CCUCCCUCCAUUCUUCCCAAACAUCCCUUCCGUCGCCUCUCCUCGGGGAGCAAACAAUCCCGUAAUCCCUACUUGUAUGAAGCCGUUUCCACGAGUUGUAUUGCGUGAGUGCCGACUUCAGGGAUGGUUCUCUCCAACAAGAAGUUUAAACAGAAGCUUAGAGCGGAGUUAGCUCAUUCUCAGUCCGCAAAUCCCGAUUGUUGUUUAAAAAAUCUUCUUGAUUCUACGACCCAGAAAAUCCGAUUUUCAAAGAGAGAGAAGCGCAGAAAGAUUCGUUCUUUGCGACAAUCCGAGGCUGCCCAAGAAGGUGGCGAUGGUCAUACCGUUGAUAAAAGCAAAGAAGACGAGGGUACACAGAGGAAGAGCAAAAAGAGGAAGAGGAAGGCUGAGGACAACGGUGUGGCAAUUGGGGCUGUAAAGGAUGCGAAGAAUUCGAAGAAGAGACGUGAUAAGAAGAAGAAGAAGAACACGAAAAAGGCCAAGAAGCACAAGGAUAAAGAUCCUAAUCCUGGAGAUGAGCCUCCAGAAGCUUCAGAGUUAACCAAGAGUAAUGGCAGUGGACAAAUUGCUGAUGUCCCUACAAAAGUGUAUGUUGGAGGAAUUCCCUACUAUUCAACCGACGAUGAUAUUCGAAGCUAUUUCCAGGGCUGUGGCACAAUAACUGAAAUUGAUUGCAUGACGUUUCCCGAGACUGGCAAGUUUAGAGGGAUUGCCCUUAUUAGUUUUAAGACUGAAGCUGCUGCUAAACGAGCCUUGGCUCUUGAUGGAUCUGACAUGGGAGGACUGUUUCUUAAAAUUCAACCAUAUAAAGCAACUCGAACCGUUAAAGGGUCUGAUUUCACCCCAAAACCUGUGGAGGGCUACAACAGAAUCUAUGUUGGAAAUUUGUCAUGGGACAUAACGGAGGAUCAAUUAAGGACUUUAUUCUCCAACUGCAGCAUAUCAUCCAUACGUUUCGGCAUGGAUAAGGAGACAGGAGAAUUCCGAGGGUAUGCCCAUGUGGAUCUCACCGACAGUCAAUCGGUGAAAACAGCACUUUCCUUGGACCAAAAGGUGAUGUGUGGAAGACCUGUUAGGAUAACUUGUGCAGUUCCUUUGAAGAAGCCAUGGAAACAAACAAGCGAUGUGCCUCCGAACACCCAAGUUGAUAGGGAGAAGUCAAGCUCCAGUGGAAGUGGUAAAAUGAAGAGGAGGACAUGCUUUGAGUGUGGUGAAAAGGGACAUAUUUCUUCUGCAUGCCCAAAGAAACAGAAUGUUGAUUCAAGUACAAGCUAGAAAAUGUGAGGUUUAACAGAGAGAUUUAUUCUCUCAAGUUGACUUUACUAAAACCAUUUAGCAAAGCGACAUAUAUUUGGAAAAAUGGCUGUUAGCGUAGCUUAACCACUGUCAUUUACUGAAUUGAUCAAAUUUUGGUGGGAAAAGUGUUAUAAAGAAUAGCAGAUAGGAAAUUUGGACUUUUGCGUUUGAUCCUAUAGUUAGUGAUUUUUCUUUUGAAGCACA